AUGUAUCCCAACUGGGUCGCCAGUGACGAGGCCCAGUAUCGACGUUCGCCAUCGCCGCCUACUUUCAAAACCCCGCUCGCCAUGCCUCAGUUUCUCCCCUACCUCAGCCAGUUCGAAGAGGACGACGAAGAGUACAGCCAUCCCUUUGCGGCUCCCAGCCAAGGUUCGCGUGCUCGGUCGACCAAGCAAACCCGCAGUGUCUGUGCGCCUGAUCAGAUCUUUGACGACAAGGCCUCGUCGCGCACUCUGGUUUCCGGCAGCGACAGCCGUCCCGAAACCCCGCGUCCCACACCCACCCAGCUCGACAGGCUGCACCUGGUGGCACCACCCGUCGUGCGCUCGUCCACCCCUUCCACCCCAUUGUCAGACCGGCUGUCGGACAACGGCCACUGCUACACCCCUUCCUCGUCUGCCGAGUCGUUUGAAUCCGACACCAUUGGCACGCCGUGGCGACAUUCCGUCAUGAGUGGCAAGAACCUUUCGGCCAGUCAGCUCACCCUCACCAUCAACACCGCCAUGAUCGCCUCCAGUCGGCCUUCCUCCAUCGUCUGUACGACCGACGGCGAAGAUGAUCAACCCGUCUGGUCGCCUGGCCGAAAGGCCAAGCCCAAGAAGCUGUACCUGAGCGGCAGCGGCAGUCCACGGCAAUCUUCCAGCACGCGCCGCGCCUCGUCCGCACCUGCGUCGCCUCGGGCACGUCCUUGGUCAUCGUGUUCCGAAUACUCUCAGUCAUCGACGACCGACGACGACCAGCGCACGAGCAUUGCGACAUCCAUCGCCUCUGGGCCCUCCAUCCACAUCACCGAGUCUCCCGUGGAUUCUCGGUUCUCGCUUUCCGAGGCAGAACUGUUGGCCCCGCCACUGUCCUCGUUUGUGCGUCCGUCCUCUCCUUCCAAUGACUCUGUGGCGACAUUGCGGGGCAAGAAGACGCCCGACUCGACGCCCAAGAACACAUCACAUGCAGUCACUGCGCUGUCGUCUCCCCUUGACGUGUCGCCACCCGAGCCUUCACCCAUCGCACGAAGCCGUCGCCUCAACGCUCUCCGCGGUCUCGUCUCCAACCUCGACUUUCAACAGCCGUGGAGCAUCAUCGACAAGUCUGAGGCCGAGCACAACGCGUUCUGGCCAGCAGAGGGCAACCCCCCACAGUUGAACCGCCUGUCUCUGGGAAGCAGCUUCCUCAACAUGGUCGACGACGUGGCCGUCCCUGCCUCCGUUCCGCUGCAAAUCCCCCAGAGGCCGACCAGCACUACGGCAAGCGCCAAGUCGUCGAGGUCGCCCAACCGCUUCGGUCGCUCGUUCACUUCGCUUGUGAACCGCUGGGACGAAGCCCACAUGUACCCAGCACCAGACAGCCCCGGGCGUCGCAGCGAACCUCCCCCCUCACCUCCAGACCGCUCCGAGAUACUUGCCUCACCUGCACCUUCGCCCAAGAUUGUCCUCUCGACGCCAGCGACUGAAGAGCCAGCACCAGCGACAACCAUCAAUCGUCCAGGGUUGCGCAAGUCUGCUUCAUUCCGAUCACUGGUCAGCCGGCGCGAAGGCCCCAAACCCCCACCACAGCGCAAGGAGACGUUUGGAGCACUGUACUCUGGCUACACCAAAGCCAUGCGCCCCGUGACGCCUGUCGAUGUCGAGGCCGCGACGACAUGGCGGGCGUUCAUGGGUCCGCAAGUGUACGACCAGCUCGUGUCUGGGCCAGACGGCGGCGAAGAGGUCAAGCGCCAAGACGUCAUGUGGGAAAUGUGUGAAACCGAGGCGGCGUUUGUUCGUUCCUGUCGUGACGUGUUGCGCCUGUUCGCGUCCCCGCUCCGCGUCGUGGGCGGCGAGUGGAUGUCUGGAAUCCCGCAGCAGGUGACCCAGCUCUUCGAGUCGCUCGAGACCAUUGCCGACACGCACGCCGACCUGGCGCGUAACCAGGACGCGGCGAGGAAAGCGUCCGACGUGUUUGAUGUUGGAGUCUUUGUUUCGCUGUUUUCCGGCUGGGUGUCGCGCCUGUCGUGCCACGAAAAGUACAUUGUGCUCUUCAACCCUGUCUCGCAGCUUGUCGAGGACAUGGCGCGGGACGACAAGAGCACGUUUGGCGAGUUUUUGCGCAUGCAGAGCACCGACAAGGCUCUUGGGUCACUCAGUCUCGGCUCGAUGCUGCUCAAGCCCGUGCAGCGUCUGACAAAGUAUCCAUUGUUCUUGAGGCAACUGUGCAAGGCGACGCCGGAAUCUCACCCUGCACAUGCCGACCUGGUCAGCCUGAUCGACGCGACCGAGACGAUUCUGGGCAAGCUCGAGUCUGGCAAGGCCCAAGAGGACGACCUGCAGCAGCUCGUGGCGCUUGCGGAACAGCUCGAUGACCUGGACGCCGACUUUGACCUCGCGACUCGCGGCCGCCGGCUGGUUGCGCACGCGCAAGUGGUGCGUCUGGAAGACAAGCCGCCAGCAGGCAUGACGCGCUCCAGUUCGAUCCGCGCGCUGCGUCACUCGCUCGGGAGCGCUGUCAAGUCGUCGUCUCGAAGCACGCCUGCGUCUGCGUCCAGCACGGCCGCGUCGACGCCCGGAGGAGGCGACACGCCCGCCACCAUCCCCAGCCGCUCCAACAGCGGCGCGGGCAGCAUUGCAGAGUCCCAGGUGGGCUCCAUUGCGUCCAGCUCGUCUGCGUCGUCGUCGCUGUACAUCAAGUCGAGACCCGGCUCUCCCGCGCGCCACUCGCACUCGGGGCGCUCGUCACUGCACCCGGGCUACGACCCGACACACCCACCACCACCAAAGGCCAGCAUGCAGGCACUGCGCAAGGCGCGUCCGGACGUGCUUACUUUGCUGGUGUUCAACGAUUUGGUCCUGCUGGCUGCGCCAGUGGACCGCGGUAGUCUGUUCAAGUCGCGCAAGGCAGAGCCUGUGCGCCUGCGCGUCCUGUCGCCCCAGGAGGGUGGUAUCGGGAGCGUAGACGACCUUAAAGAGAUCAAGGGAUGGGGAGGCCACAGCCGUGCGUUUACCCUCGGCCUGCAGCCGCCGGCUGGCGGCCCGUCGACCAUCGUCGCGACGUACGCGCUUGCCCCCGCCGGCUCGGGCUCGGCCUCGCGGCGUGUCGUACACCGUCCCGCUGGCUCGCCGCUGUCUGGCCCCAGCCUCGAAACGCUAGACGACGUGAUAAAGGCGGUGGGCAUGGCGCGGCAGGACGUGGUCGAGGUGCGAGGAGGAGAAGAGUGA